CAACCAAGGUGUCGUUAUGUCAAAUUCCAUUGGAGGUUUAGCUGAAAUCACUCUUUAUGGAUCCCGGCUCGGAAUGCCGGAGGACUCCCUAACUAUCUUGGAGCGAACCCGGGACUCCAGAGAAGCGUGGGACCUGGUGGAGGCCAAAGCGAGCGGCACGCCGGGCCUCUACCUGCCCUGCUUCGACAUGCUGGCCACAGAGGACGCCGCUUGGCUGGUCAAGAUGUCCGAGGCCGCCCCGAACGUGGCUCGCUUGGAGGCGCACCGGGAGGAGCCGGAGCAGUGUCCCGUCAUCGACAGCCAGGAGCGGGGACUCUCUCCGGGGAUGGAAGGCCCCGAGGAGGAAUGCUCUCUGGAGCAAGUGCAGAGCAUGGUGGUGGGCGAGGUGCUCAAGGACAUCGAGACGGCCUGCAAGCUGCUCAACAUCACGGCAGACCCGAUGGAGUGGAACGUGGGCAAUGUUCAGAAGUGGCUGCUGUGGACGGAGCACCUGUACCGGCUUCCGCACGCCGGGAGGACCUUCCGAGAGCUGACGGGCAAGGACCUGUGCGCCAUGAGCGAGGAGGACUUCCGCCAGCGCUCGCCGCAGUGCGGGGACACGCUACACGCACACCUGGACAUAUGGAAGUCAACUGCCUGGAUGAAAGAAAGGUGCACAGCUGGAGACAACAAAAGUCCAGGCGCUGAGGAGCUUUGGUCCGAGGCCGAUUCUUCUUGUUCGGGUCAACCGAUCCACUUGUGGCAAUUCCUCCGAGAACUUCUGCUCAAACCGCACAACUACGGACGUUGCAUACGCUGGCUCAACAAAGACAAAGGUAUCUUUAAGAUCGAGGAUUCGGCCCACGUGGCGCGGCUGUGGGGCCUGAGGAAGAACCGGCCGGCCAUGAACUACGACAAGCUGAGCCGCUCCAUUCGUCAGUACUACAAGAAGGGCAUCAUCCGCAAGCCGGAUGUCUCGCAGAGGCUCGUGUACCAGUUUGUGCACCCCGUGUGA